ACAGCGAGUAGAUCAACAGUAUGAAAGCCAACAACACGUUUACCCAGGGCCAAGCAAGAUUGUGAUGAGGCAGUUUAUCGAUUAUGGUUUCAACAACAAAGGCCGGAAGGUUUCUGCAUUGCUCGUAUUGACCGUGGUGGAGCGUUUGCUGCUUGUAGAGGCUAUGAUUUCGGAAACGAGACAGGACAUACAAGCCAAAAUAAUGCUGGAAAGCCAGGGUAGGCCAAUAUUUCCAGUGACUUUAUCGACAAGGGAUGAACUUUAUGCAAUGAUGAUGCAGACGCUCUGUUCGCCGCAAGAUGCAGCUGACCCUGUGAUACAGGACGAGCAGCAAGCUAGGAAGCAGGUUUACUCCAUGGUAGCUCGAUACAUGCAGUGUUUGCGAUUUUGUUGCAUUCGAGUUCGUCGGGGAAGAUUAUCCUGUUUGCAAGCAAGGUAA